GGAGCCAGAGUGGCAUCUCCAUAAUUUAAAGAACCUUCAGGUGCAUUUUACCAACAAUUCUGGCUCAAGAGAUCUGUACCAAUCAGCUCGCGCCACUUGUUACCACUGAGAGAUGGCCCACCGUGGAGGCGUCGUCUUCUGAUGCUCCAGUACAAAUCCCUUCUUCCCCAUUCAUCAUCCUUCAUACCAAUCAGCUUCUGAUCGCCCUCUCUUCCUUCCUCGCACAACCUCCAUUGCCUGAGCUUCUGAUCUUCCUCUCUUCAUUCAUCGCACAACCCCCACUUUUACCGUCUCUCCCUUCUUUGUAUAGCAGAGACAGUGAGAAGAAGAAGAAGAAGAGAUGGGGAACAGCUUAAGGUGCUGCAUAUCGUGCAUGCUGCCGUGCGGGGCGCUGGACGUGGUGAGGAUCGUGCACUCGAACGGGCACGUGGAGGAGAUGAGCGGCGACGUCUGCGCCGGCGACGUCAUGAAGGCGAACCCGAAGCACGUCCUGCGGAAGCACUGCCCCGAGGGCGUCCGCAUCAUCGUCCUCCCUCCCGACGCCCAGCUCAAGCGCGGCCACAUCUACUUCCUCAGCCCCGUCUCCUCCGCUUCCUCUUCCCCCGCCGCCGAUGCCUCGGGCGGCAACUUCUCCGCCAAAGGGGCUGCGAGAAGCAAGAGGAAGAAGGGCCAGUUUCACGAAGACGACGACUCAAUAUCCUCGAACGGUUCCCUUAAGACGCCCGCCCACAAAUCGAAGGUCUCCUCUCAGCAUGGUGGGUACCUCGUGGAGAUCCUUUCCGAGAAGAAGAGCUCCUUCGGCAGAGGCAAAAGGAGAGGGAGAGUUGGAAUCUGGAGACCUCAUCUAGAGAGCAUAUCGGAAGAUUUCUGAUCUCCCUAUCAUCUUCCGCGCUUCCUCGUCUCCCACCAUGGAUUUGAACGAAAAUGGUGUUCUAUUCUUUCUUUCUUUCAUCAUUGGGAGUCCUUUUUUCCCCUCUCCUUCCAUGAUUUAGCUCGAUAUCGUGUAUAAAAUCUUGUACCUUUUCCCGGCUCUUUGAUCUGCAAAGUUGCAGAAACAAACAGAAGAAUUUUCAGUAACCUUUUCUUUCUCUA